CCUUAUUCUGAGCUGUUUUAUUAGUACUGAUUUGGUUUUAGUGAGUUCAUAUGGGUUGAUUUUGCUGUUUAGUGCUGCUUUAUCCUUGUUAAUGGCUGAUUUCAUGCCUUGUUUUGAUUGAGCAAUGAUGAUGAUGACCUUAUUCUGAGCUAUUUUAUUAGUGCUUAUUUGGUUUUAGUGAGUUCAUAUGGGUUAAUUUUGCUGUUUAGUGUUGCUUUAUCCUUUUUAAUGGCUAAUUUCAUGCCUUGUUUUGAUUGAGCAAUGAUGCUGAUGGCCUUAUUCUGAGCUCUUUGUAUAGAGACAACAAUGAAGAAAACACGAGGUCCUACACAAUGCUUGAAGAUUCAUGCAAGACAGUUGGAAGAUAGAGAAGAAAUUACUCUAGAUAUUGAAGGAGAGACAAUUGGUCCUACUGAUGAAGCUGUAAAUAACUUGAGCAAAUUUUUGGGCACAGUGGCAAGGAAUUCAGAUUUUUGUCCAUUAAUUUACAUAAAUUGGAAGGGGGUUAAAGAUAAAGAAGCCAUUUGGGAAUAUGUUCAAGCUAAGUUCAUUAUUCCAACUGAAGGAAAGAGGAUAGUCCUUGCUCGUAUCAAUGACAACUGGAGACGGUAUAAGACCACAAUCAAGCAAAAUCAUUUUCUGCCAUACAAAUGUGUUAAUGAAAUGCUGAAAAAUUGUCCUAAAAGCAUACCUGAGAGUCAUUUUCACAAGUUGAUUGCUUAUUGGAGAACUGAGAAGUUAAGGUAAGACAUGUGCAACUUAUUGUAGUCUGUUUAUGCAAUUAU